AUGGUCUACAAGUCGCCUUUCCCUGACCUCGACCUGCCCUCGUGCAACAUCCUGUCGUACCUCUUCCCCAAGGACAAAGCGCCCUACGACGACCCUCUCUGGUACGAUGCCAAGACGCCAGAGUCAAAUCUCUCGCCAGCCCAGGCUCUCGUCUGGGUCAAGAGACUGGCUCUCGGCCUUGAGAGAUUGGGCCUCAACAAGGGGGACGUUGUCAUGAUCCUCACUCCCAACCAGAUAUUCGUGCCUGUGGCGUAUCUGGGCAUCGUCGGUGCCGGCUGCUGCUUUAGUGGUGCCAACCCUGCUUAUACAGUACCCGAGCUCGUUCACCAAAUCAACAACACCACUGCCAAGCUCAUCCUCGUCCAUCCGAACCAUGUCAAGUCGGCUCUUGCCGCUGCCGAAAAGACAAGCUUCCCCCUCAACCGCAUAUUCCAGUUCUCAGACACCUGGGUGCCGGCGAAAGCCGGGAUUACCGACUUCCGCUCCUUCAUCGGCAGCGAGGCCGAAGCCGCAAGCUACCAAUGGCCAGAAUUGACGCCCGAGGAGGCCCGGACGACCGUCGCCACCAUCAACUACAGCUCCGGCACCACCGGCCUGCCCAAGGGCGUCUGCGUGUCGCACGCCAACCUCGUCGCCAACGUCGAGCAGACCAUCGUCAUGCGCUACGCCCACAAGCCCUAUCCUUUCGAGAAGCGGCCGAGCGAGCGAUGGAUCGGUUUUCUCCCGCUCUAUCACGCGUACGGGCAGCUGUACACGAUCCUGAUGGCGACCAAGCUGCGCGUCCCCGUGUACAUCAUGACCGACUUCCGGUACGAGGAGUUCCUCUUCAACAUUGGCCGGUACAAGAUAACAUCUUUGCAAAUCGCGCCGCCCAUCCUCGUCAUGCUGAGCAAACGGCCCGAGACAUCCCGGUACGACCUCCGCAGCCUGCGUGACUGUCUCUGUGGGGCUGCGCCGCUGAGCAAGGAGCUCCAGAACGACUGCCAGAGGCGGUUCGGGAUGCAGAUCAACCAGGGCUGGGGCAUGACCGAGGUGACCUGCGGAGCCAUCCAUGUCCCGGGCGGGGUCAGUGACGACUCGGGCAGUGUGGGCCAGCUCGAUCCCAACUGCGAGCUGAAGCUGCUCGACGAUGAUGGGAAGGAGGUCGCGCUCGGUGAGCCAGGGGAGAUCUACGUCCGGGGACCGCAGAUCUGUCUGGGAUACUGGCGGAACGAGGAGGCAACAAAGGAGUCAUUAGACGCGGACGGGUGGCUGAAGACGGGUGAUAUUGCGAUUUGCAACAAAGAGGGCUAUUUCUGGAUCGUAGACCGGAAGAAGGAACUAAUCAAAGUCAACGCCUUGCAAGUUGCGCCAGCCGAGCUCGAGGGCGUGCUUUUGGAGAACGAGCACAUUGCCGACGCAGCUGCCGUGGGUAUCACAAUAAAAGACGUCGAGGCUCCGCGGGCGUACGUCGUGAUUCACGAAUCGUCCAAGGGCAGAGUCACACCGCAAGAGAUCCAGGAGUGGAUCAAGUCGCGCGUCGCGAAGCACAAGUACCUCAACGGCGGCGUCAUCUUUAUCGACGAGGUGCCCAAGCUCGCGAGCGGCAAGAUCCAGCGAAAAGUGAUGCGCGAGUGGGCGAAGCGGGACGCGGCGGAGAUUGAGCGCCGGAUGGCGACUGAGGGGAGGGCGAAGCUUUAG